UCCCUUUUCCGUUGUUGACGUUUGUUGCUCGCAGAAACGGGAAAUGGACCCUUAUCAUUUCCACAUCGGGAUUGCGGAGAAAACUGCGGAGCAACUCGCAACGAAUGCCGAACUACUGAAAGACGGCCAUGCCAUCCUCGUUCCAUUCGCGGCCAAGUUCAUGGAGGACGAGAGGUUGAUCAGUCUUAACAAGCACGUCAAGAGCAUGGGCUUGGGCACCUACCUUGUUCAGGAGCACGGCAAGAGCCAGUACGGCAACAGGGUGAUAAUCGUGCUGCCGGACACGGAAGGGAACGGUGGCCGCGUCGAGUGCACCUGCAGAGUCCCUACCAGGUUCCACCUCCUGUGCCAGGACGCCCUCGCGGUGUUGAAAUCAAUCGACAGGCUUGAUUGCACGAGGGCGCUUAUCGAUAGCGGGUACACCCUGGCUUCCUUCAGGGUGCUGCACACCCACCCCGACUAUCCCGUCGUACUUCCGAUCUGGUCAGAGCUUUCCAAGGGCGACCUCCUGCCCCCGCGGCAGGUGACCCGGCAAGCUGGUGCUCCGAAGAAGAACCGUGGCCCCCGGCAGCGUUCCCGAUUCCCUGGUCGCAACGACAACUGCCAGCGCGGACGCGGCAACGUAGCCCAAGAUGGAGGNACCCACCCCGACUAUCCCGUCGUACUUCCGAUCUGGUCAGAGCUUUCCAAGGGCGACCUCCUGCCCCCGCGGCAGGUGACCCGGCAAGCUGGUGCUCCGAAGAAGAACCGUGGCCCCCGGCAACGUUCCCGAUUCUCUGGUCGCAACGACAACUGCCAGCGCGGACGCGGCAACGUAGCCCAAGAUGGAGGUGGUCGUGGCGGCGGGCCUGCCGCCGGGGGAGGGGGUGGUCGUGGCGGGGGCGGCAACUCUCGGCCCGUCCCGGUACAUGGGAUGGGCAGCGUUGGCAGCCACGUGGGAGACCUCAACGUCGGAGGUUCCGCCGGCGAGCGAACUACCGGGAGGUUGUGGGGGGGGCUCGCGGUUCAGCGCUACGGCUCGGAAGACGCUACCGGCCGCGACCACGCAUCGGGGGCGGGGGCCGGGUCAUGCUCUAUGCUGAGUCAAUCCCAAGGCUCCAUCGACCUGUCGUAGCUCAAGUGGUUUGACUCAUCUUAGGGUUAGGUAACUUGGGCCUUUGAAUUUCUUCGUCGCACGUUGUCAGAGUCAAAUACGACGCUGUGGUCUGUGAAUGGCAGGGCGCAAGAGGUCGAAUGUGUGUGCAGAUUUGCGUUAAGCACCCGCUACGGCGGGGCCCGUGUUGUAGCGCCUAGUUUCGCGUGCCAGUCUCCAAAUGCUAUGCACAACAGAGAUGAACAGCGAAAUUCGACAACCACGCACGCACGCACAUGACUUCGACUUGGCUUGAAAAAUGGGUAGAACCGUCGAGCCCCAAGAGGAAGCUGUUGUGGAGGACGGUUAUCGUCAGCCUUAUCGUCAGUCAUGCGCACCCACGUACCUGCAAACUGCUUCUCACGAUAAUCGCGACGAAGAGCGUUUGUUUGCGGAAGUGGCCCUUCACCCCAACAGACAGAUUCGCAACCGAAUAACAAAUCCACCGUAAACGCCCGUUACCCGAACGUGUUCUUGUCAACGGGGGAGGAGGGGACAGUGCGUCGUGUAGAAGCACAGAACGCAAGUGUUGGACGCGCCCCCAGAUAUAGUUGCCGGUCCACGUCUGCACCGUUUAGUGGUGAUGUACGCAGCGAAAAUAUAUUGGGCCACAACCUAAACACUUUGAACGCCAUGCGUUUACUGUGUUCUACUGCUGCACGAUGGCAACACUACGUGCGAAGAGUCUACUACAGUACCACACCGCCAAAGAAAGGUGUGUUUGGUGUUACCUCGGCAAGCAAACAUGCAUCUGCAGCAUUUAACUCUGUACGGGUCGUUGUGCACAUUUGGAUGGCUUUCGGUGCGUGCGUGCACACAGAAUGUUGCACCACCUUCUGGCCCCGUGUCGCAGCUUCUACGUGAUCCACUGGGGGGGGGGUUACGGCUGUCUGCUGUGCAUACAGCGGUGGAUACGUGUAUAGGCCCAUUAUGCUCCUUUUUUCUUUUUUUAUGCUCCUUUAUUUCGGAAAGCAUAUGCUGCAAAAGUCAAUUAUGCUCAUCGAAUAUGCUCCUUUGGUCUCGACAUGCCCCCACCUAUGCUCCGUUUUGGUGGCGGGAAUAUGCCUCAAAUGCCUCUUUAUGCUACCGUGCUACCGUAUCACGCUUGUGUUUGUGGUGUUAAUGUUAAUGCUUCGCCCAAGUUCAACAACUACAUACAUACGUGUUAUCAGUCAGCAGUUUUGUGUUUUCGAAGACUCUCGGCUCUCGUUACCUUCAUCACAGCCGUCGCACUCCUUCGAAAACUGGUGCCCAAAACGAGUACUACUCGAAGUAGAACGGAGUAUAUACGAAGUAGGGGUACUUCAUUAUCUGCGGCCAACGAGCUCAACAUCACCAGUCUCAAUGCGGAGCACCCACAGCAAGCGGAAGCGGCAAUUCCUCAGCAGCCGGCAUCCGUCUCAGCUGCCGCGACGUUGUACGCAUCCAUCUCUUCUACGAGGGCGGCGACCACGGUUGGUGUCACGAACGGAAGCACUUCUGGUAGGAUGUGUACGUCCGACUCCUCCAGUUGGUGCCCCUUCACGAACGAACGUGAAGUUCAGCAGUCUCGCCCCCUCGAAAAGCCGGAUGGUCGCGUGUUCCUUAGCUCCCGGAUGGUCCCCGAUUCUCGCGUAUGCGUGGUACCGGACGCCGUGCAUGUGAAAGAGUGCCAUCUUCUUGAGCCAAAGCUUCACGUUCUCCUGCAACCGACGAAAAGUACGAGCACGUUUCACGAGAGGGAUGAAGACAUGAUGUACAAAAUCGUGUGAAACAGCUGGCUGGGUGAAACUGCUCUCAUCAUGGAGGGGGGAUUCAAGACAGCUGGAGCUUGAAGAGCUAGAGCGUGCCAUGCCGAGCAGCCCGUGCGCGGGCGUGUGUGCGUGUGGAGCCCACUGCUGUGUGCGUGUCUUCGGAGAGCGCGUGCACGCUGGUUGCACUCCUUUAAGAUCGUCUUCAUGUCUGUCUUAGGUGUAUGCACUUAUGUCAAGUGUAACACUC